AUGUGCAAGUACCACAACCUUGAUCUCCCUCCGGGCUCCCCUGGGCGCUGCACCCCAAAGUCUUCUGAGCCUGCCCCUGCCACUGUUACCGGGGUCCCUCGAAGGACGGCCAAGAAGGCAGAGUCCCUCUCCAACUCCUCUCGCUCUGAAUCCAUCCACAACAGCCCCAAGUCAUGCCCCACGCCCGAGGUGGACACGGCCAGUGAGGUGGAAGAGCUGGAGGCAGACAGUGUCUCCCUGCUCCCAGCAGCACCCGAGGGCAGCCGGGGAGGAGCCAGGAUCCAGGUCUUCCUAGCGCGCUAUAGUUACAACCCGUUCGAGGGCCCCAAUGAGAACCCAGAGGCAGAGCUUCCUCUUACUGCUGGCGAGUACAUCUACAUCUAUGGCAACAUGGAUGAGGAUGGCUUUUUUGAAGGGGAGCUCAUGGAUGGCCGAAGGGGCCUGGUCCCUUCCAAUUUUGUAGAGCGUGUGUCCGACGAUGACCUCCUGACCUCCCUCCCUCCGGAGCUGGCCGAUCUGUCCCACAGCUCGGGCCCUGAACUCAGUUUCCUGAGUGGAGGUGGGGGCGGCAGCAGCAGCGGGGGCCACAGCCGGCCCAGACCCGAGGACGAGGCUGCAGGGGACGAGCUCAGUCUGAGCCCCCAGCCUGAGGGCCCGGGCGGGCCCCCGGCUGUGCCUUACCCCCGCAGUCUGGUGGUCCUCAGGCAGCUGGCCCACAGUGUGGUGCUGGCCUGGGAGCCGCCUCCUGAGCGAGUGGAGCUACGUGGCUACCACAUCGGCGUGAAUGGGGAGCUGCGUCAGGCCCUGGGGCCAGGGGUGCCCCCCAAGGCUGUGCUCGAGAACCUGGACCUGCGGGCCGGGCCUGUCCGUGUUUCUGUGCAGGCCCUGACCAGCCAGGGCAGCUCCGACCCUCUGCGUUGUUGCUUGGCGGUGGGUACCCGAGCCAGGGUGGGACCUAGCCAGCUGCGGGUCCGUCGACUGACGGCCACGUCUGCUGAGAUCACCUGGGUGCCCGGCAAUAGCAACUUGGCCCAUGCCGUCUACCUCAAUGGGGAAGAGUGCCCCCCUGCCCGCCCCAGCACCUACUGGGCCACCUUCUGCCACCUGCGGCCCGGUACCCUCUAUCAGGCCCGAGUAGAGGCUCAGCUCCCACCUCGAGAGUCCUGGGAACCAGGCUGGGAGAGGCCGGAGCAGCGGGCCGCCACCCUGCAGUUCACCACACUCCCUGCAGGCCCGCCUGAUGCCCCCCUGGAUGUGCAGAUUGAGCUGGGACCCUCCCCCGGAGUCCUGAUCAUCAGCUGGCUUCCAGUAACAAUCGACGCUGCUGGCACCUCCAAUGGCGUCCGGGUCACAGGCUAUGCCGUCUAUGCCGAUGGGCAGAAGAUCAUGGAGGUGGCCUCGCCCACGGCGGGCAGCGUGCUGGUGGAGCUGUCCCAGCUGCGGCUGCUGCAGGUGUGCUGCCAGGUGGCCGUGCGCACCAUGUCGCCCCAUGGCGAGUCGGCCGACUCCAUUCCAGCUCCUGUACCCCCGGCCCUGGUGGCAGCCUGCCUGCCAGCCACGGCCUCCUGCCCCUCGCCACGGCCAGGCUCCGAGGCCAGACCACCCCUUGCUCCGGCUUCCCCCGGGCCUGGAGACCCCAGCCCUCCCCUCCGGCGCCCUGACCCCCAUGGAACUCGAGAGCCCCCCGGCGGUCCCCCUGCCGGAGAGACACCAAAAGGAUCCCACGAGGAUCCCCCGGCACCUUGCUCGCAGGAGGAGGCUGGGGCAGCUGUGCUGGGUGCCUCAGAGGACGGGAGGGCCAGCGAGCCCACCAUGGGCGACAGAGCUCCCGACCCUGCAGCCUCGCCACUGGCCCAGGAGGAGGCUCUCCCAGCACCCUGCUCCACCCAGGGAGCCCUGGCCCAGCAGGUGCCCUGUGCUGAGGCCUGCCGCGGAGGAGACUCAGGAUCUGGGCUGAGGCCCGGGGCUGAGAGGGAGGACGCAGCAGAGCUCGGGGGCCGUCUGGUGAACUCCCUUGUGGACCAUGGCCGCAACUCAGAUCUCUCAGACAUUCAAGAAGAGGAGGAGGAGGAGGAGGAAGAGGAGCUGGGUUCCAGGACUUGUUCUUUCCAGAAGCAGGUUGUUGGCCACGGCAUCAGGGAGAAUGGGGCCAAGCCCCAGCCCCAGCCUGACCCCUUCUGUGAGGCUGACAGCGACGAGGAGAUCUUGGAGCAGAUCCUGGAGCUGCCCCUCCAGCAGUUCUGCAGCAAGAAGCUUUUUAGCAUCCCCGAGGAGGAGGAAGAGGAGGACGAGAAGGACGAGGAAGACAAGGAGGAGGAGGAGGAGGAGGAGGAGGAGGAAGAUGAGGAGAAGCCAGGGACAGGCUGUUCUUCCCGAGACCCCGGCCCACCUGAGCCAGCGACGCUGGGGCUGGGCUGUGACAGUGGUCAGCCUCGAGGACCUGGCCCAUGUCCCUUGUCUCCAGAGCUCUGCAGGGCUGGGGACCGCCUGGAAGACAUGCCUGGACUAGUGGGUGGAAGCAGCCGGAGGCGAGCAAGUGGCUCCCCCGAGAAGCCCCCAAACCGCAGGCGGUCCCCAGACCCCCGUGAACACUGCAGCCGACUUCUCAGCAACGGCGGGCCCCAGGCCCCUGGACGACCGGGCCCCUCACGGGAGAGGGGCAGCCCCCCUGUGGGCGAGGGGACCAAGGGUGUGCCAGAGGCUGCUGGGAGAGGGCGGCCGCCCCCUUCCCGGAGGUGCUCCCGGGGCCGAGCCCCAGAAUCUAGCCUGGCCAGCUGCCUCUCCCCCAAGUGCUUGGAAAUCAGCAUCGAAUAUGAUUCUGAGGAUGAGCAGGAGGCAGGCAGCGGGGGCAUCAGCAUCACCAGCUCCUGCUACCUCGGAGAUGGGGAGGCCUGGGGCACGGCCCCUGUAGGAAGGUCCAGGGGGCCUCUGAAGGCUAAUUCAGGCCCCAACCCCUACCCGCGCCUUUUGGCCUGGGAGAAGGGGGAGCCAGAGCGGAGAGGCCACAGUGCGACUGGCAGAGCCAAGGAGCCACCCUCCCGGGCAGCAGAGACCGGGGAGCCCAGAGGGCAGGACAGCUCUGGGCGGAGGGGCCCCCCGCGGAGAGGGGCCCAGGCCCCCAGGGCGUGCGCCACCGAGUUGGCCCCUUUGAGGAGCCCCCCAGAAGGAGCGCUGCUUUACCAGGACCUGCCCGUCAGGGUCUUCGUGGCUCUGUUUGACUAUGACCCUGUGUCAAUGUCGCCCAACCCUGAUGCUGGGGAAGAGGAGCUCCCCUUCCGGGAGGGCCAGAUCCUGAAGGUGUUUGGGGACAAGGAUGCCGACGGCUUCUACCGGGGCGAAGGUGGCGGCCGCAUGGGCUACAUCCCCUGCAACAUGGUGGUCGAGGUGGCCGUGGGCAGCUCCGCGGAGAGACAGCAGCUGCUCCAGCACGGCUGUCUGUCCCCGGAUGUUCUCACCGAAGGCUCAGGGAAUGUGUACUCUACAGCCCGCACAGCUGGGCCUCCCCCCAAGCCCCGCCGCUCUAAGAAAGCUGAGGCGGAAAGCCCUGCCCGACCCUGUGCAGGCCACACCCAGCACGUCUCCUCUGCCAGCCUAAAAUCUCCCCGAACCAUGGUGGCUGCAUUUGACUACAACCCUCGGGAGAGCUCCCCCAACAUGGACGUGGAGGCGGAACUGCCCUUCCGGGCAGGGGACGUCAUUACUGUGUUUGGGGACAUGGACGAUGAUGGUUUCUACUAUGGGGAGCUCAAUGGACAGAGGGGCCUGGUUCCAUCCAACUUCCUGGAGGGCCCUGGGCCUGAGGCAAGCGACAGGGAGCCUGGGACACCCCAGGCUGAGAGCCAGAGAACGAGGAGGAGACGAGUCCAGUGCUAGAUGGAGAUAGAUAUAUAUAGAGAGAGCAACAUGACCGGGCCAGCUCAACACAAGGGCCCCCAGUGCCCAGAGGCUGGCCGUGGGCCCCUGGCCUUGGCAACUUCCCCACAAUUGAACUGGGGGGGGCACAGGGCACGAGCGAGAAGGUGUGGGGUCUCCUCUCCAAGGGAAAGCAGCUCCUCAGGAAACUGGGCUCUGGGAAGAAAGAGUGAUGCUGUGGCCCAUCCUGCAGGCAGAAGCAGCACCCUGAGGCCCCCAGAUCACUGGGUGGGGAAGGCCCCGGACGCCCGUUCUUCCGAGUUAACACUGUGGCACUGGGACCGGAAUCAGAGCCUCGGUGAAGGUCAGAGCUAGUUCUCAAGGCUGCAUCCUCUGGCUGUAGGAGGGGAAACUGAGCCGCAGAAUGAGGAAGUAACUUGGUCAAAGUGGCCGAGGACCUCAGUCCCAGCCAGGACGAGUGACUCCUAGUCCACCCACCUCAGCCUAGUUUCCCGCCACUCUCCGCUAGUCCCUUCUUUGGCUCCCCUCCUCUUGAUGGCCCUGGCUGUCCUCCUGUCAUGUCUUCCUUCCCCUGAAGGCAAGUUUGCACUGGAUUCCCUGGAGCCCCACCUCCCCGGGGGGCAGGCGGGGCAGAACCCUGUAUAUAUGUACAUACUCAGUGCCUCGGCCCAGCCUCGUCCAUGUCGCUUCCACCGCACAGGCCCAGGAAGGAGAAAGGCCACGCCAAAGCGGGCCUAACCCCGCUCCAUAGUGCUCCACCCCUCCCUGCCAGCCUGGCCUCCUGGCCCCUGUGUGUCCCCCCACCCCCAAGACCCGGGGGCCAGCGGGUGGAUAGCAGGAGUUGGGUUUGCCUUAUUUUGCUCAUUGGAUUCAACUUCUCUUUUGCAUCAUUUUCCUCUGGUCCCUGUUGGAGUCUGGGGGCUGGGGAAGAGGACAGAUUUAUGCAGCUAUUUUCAUACAUCCCGUGUUCAGAGUGGGGUAGACAGCUCUCCACCCUGACCCUCACUACCCCCUCUAACCCUGUGGCCGGGUGAGUGUCUCUGCAUGUUUCCUUCACUGUGGUGGGAGAUCGUUUGACUGAACCUCCACCCCACCCGCCUUGGUCUCCAGGGGUGUGGAAUGGUGGGGGCAUUUGUUUAAAAAGACAUUUUAUUAUAAUAAAGUCUAUUUUCACAAAA